AAAUCCCAAUUAUUUCUCAAGUAUUUCACACUGUUCAUGAACCUGCUAAAUGAUUGCAGUGAGGUUGAAGAUGAUGGCACACAGACAGGUGGCAGGAAAGAGAGGCAUGUCUCGUCGCUUAGCUUCCUUAAGGCACUGUACAGUUUUAGCUAUGUCUAAUCUUCUGAAUGCCAAUGUGGAUAGUGGCCUUAUGCACUCAAUAGGUCUUGGCUACCAUAAGGACCUGCAGACAAGAGCUACAUUUAUGGAAGUCCUUACAAAAAUUCUGCAGCAGGGAACAGAGUUUGACACAUUAGCUGAGACAGUUCUAGCUGAUCGCUUCGAAAGACUGGUGGAAUUAGUGACCAUGAUGGGAGAUCAAGGGGAAUUGCCUAUUGCCAUGGCUCUAGCCAAUGUGGUUCCUUGCUCACAGUGGGACGAGCUUGCACGAGUCCUUGUGACGCUCUUUGAUUCCCGACAUCUACUGUAUCAGCUUCUGUGGAACAUGUUUUCCAAGGAAGUUGAGCUAGCAGACUCCAUGCAGACACUUUUCAGAGGAAACAGCUUGGCUAGUAAAAUCAUGACAUUUUGUUUUAAGGUAUAUGGGGCCACAUACCUUCAGAAACUUUUGGAACCACUAUUGAGACUGAUCAUAACAUCUCCUGAAUGGCAACAUGUCAGUUUUGAAGUGGACUCUUCAAGGUUGGAUGGAGUUGAAAGCCUUGAAGAGAACAGCGGUGUCUACUGCAGAUGACAGAGAAGUUCUUUCAUGCCAUUAUAAGCUCCACCCACGAAUUCCCUACUCAGCUGCGAAGUGUGUGCCAUUGUCUGUACCAGGUUGUGAGCCAGAGGUUUCCCCAGAACAGCAUUGGUGCAGUUGGAAGUGCUAUGUUCCUCAGGUUCAUUAACCCGGCCAUUGUGUCUCCUUAUGAAGCA